AUGGUGAAGGAAACGGCCGCUCAAAAGAAGCGACGGCUAGAGAAGGCAAGACAGAAGUACCAGGAGAAGCGCUCGCAGGAAACGGAACAAUGUAAGACAGAACGACUUACUAAGCGCCGAAAAAUGCUUGAAUCUGAGGCAGAAAGCCAGCGUGCAGAGCACUUGGCCAAACAUAAAGAGCAUAUGGCUGCUGCUCGUGCGCUUGAGACGGAAGAAGAGAGGGCUUCUCGCCAGGCGCGUGAUAGAGAGCGACACGCUGCUGUUCGUGCGGUUGAGCCAGAAGAAGCGAGGGCUUCUGGCCAGGCGCGUUAUAGAGAGCAACACGCUGCUGUUCGUGCGGUUGAGCCAGAAGAAGCGAGGGCUUCUGGCCAG